AAACCCAAAUUCCCUCAAUCCCUCCUCACGCGAUACUGACUCCCAGACCCAGAUAGCCCUAGCCCCCAUCUUUUCUCUCUUCUUCAAGUUGUGUCGUCGUCGCCGUCCCCACUGCUCCAGCGCCGUCGCAACUCGUCGAAUCAUCUCAGCCGUGUCGGUUCUAUUCCACUUCCGCCGCGCUCCAACUGUCCUCUGUUUCAGUCCCGUCGCCUGUGUCUUCUAGUUUGAGUUCCUCAUCUGUGCUCCCUCUCUCUCGUCUGUUUGAGUUCCGGGCCUCAUCUAUUCUCCCUCUCCCUCUUCUGUGUUCGAGUUCCAGCCCAAUUGAAAGGUCAGAUUUCAUCUUCGAAGCUUUGCUAGGGUUUGCUGAUUCAAAUCAUCCAUCUGUCAUCUUCCCUUUGUUUCUGCCCUUAUUAGCAGACAGUAGUUUCAGUUUCGGAUUCAGAAGCUGUUGGAAUUAUUGCAUCCAUGUCUAACACCAGCAACAAUGUGGCUGGGGUUGACAACACCUUCAGAAGAAAAUUCGAUCGAGAAGAGUAUUUGGAACGAGCUCGGGAGCGUGAGAGGCAGGAGGAGGAGGGUCGAUCUAAAUCUAAAGCUAAAGGUCCUCCAGUGCAGAGGAAACCCCUAAAACAUAGAGAUUAUGAAGUCGACCUCGAGUCCCGCCUAGGCAAGACUCAAGUUGUUACGCCGGUUGCACCACUGAGUCAGCAGGCUGGAUAUUACUGCUCUGUUUGUGAGUGUGUGGUAAAGGACUCAGCGAACUACUUGGAUCAUAUUAAUGGAAAGAAACAUCAAAGAGCUUUGGGCAUGUCUAUGCGAGUUGAACGAGCCUCUCUCCAACAGGUUCAGGAACGAUUUGAGGUUCUUAAGAAACGUAAAGAUCUUGGCACAUUCACCGAGCAAGAUCUUGACGAAAGGGUUCUAAAACAGCAGCAAGAAGAGGAAGAAAGAAAACGAUUACGUCGUGAAAAGAAGAAGGAAAAGAAAGAGAAGGCAGUGGAAGAACCGGAAAUUGAUCCUGAUGUUGCGGCCAUGAUGGGGUUUGGUGGUUUCCGGUCAUCAAAGAAAUGAUGCCAUUAUUUUGAGCAGCUUUUCUGCAAUGAUAAGCUGAAUCUACCAGCCUGAUUCCCGGUGGUUUAAAGGUCAAUCUAUGGUGAAAGGAAAUAUUAGCGGGUC